AUGGCUUUCAUUCGCCCGUACGAGGCAUCUGAUUUUGAUGCGACGGGUCAUAUCUGCCGCGCCACGCUACCCCCCUCCCUGGAGCGCUCCGAAGCAGCGACCAGAACCGCGCCUUAUCUAUGGACACAUCAAUACACUCACCUCUCACCCGAGACAUGCCACAUCCUUGACGACGGCGAGGGAAACUGCGUCGGCUACUGCAUCGGCUGCCCCAACGUGAACGACUUUGCGACUGCGUACCCGCGGUACAUCAAGGAGGUCCUUGAGACCUCCAAGGAGCUGGACGGGAGGAAGCCCAAGAGUCUCGAGACGAAAGAGCCAUGGAACUUCCCAGACACGGGCGAGGUGAAUGAGGAGGCUCUUUUGCAGCAGGCUUUCAACCCGACAUGGCUUGUGCUUGAUGAUGAGAGGAAGGAGCUUUGGGGCAACUGGAAGGCUACGAUGCAUAUUGACCUGCUGGAGCCGUGGCAGGGUAAAGGCUGGGGAAGGAAGCUGAUUGACAAGUUCGUCGAGAGUCUGAAAGAGGCCGACCAGCGCUAUGGCGGCUCGAGCGGGAAUAGGCUAUAUGGCGAGGGCGUGCAUAUCGGCGUUGGUGGCGAGAACGACAAGGUGGUGCCCUUCUACGAGAAGCUGGGAUUCCGGGUGUAUCCUACGGAAGAGAAGGGGUCAAUUUGGAUGGUGAAGGACGUUGAGUAG